AAUAAGCUCUCGAAAUUAUAGCAGGCAUAUUUUGCAAAAUUUUCAUUUUGAUCGAACCGAAAUAAUUACAAUAAUUUUCUGUCGUCCAUGCGAUAUUUUUUGUUUUUGUGCAAAUUCUGUUGUGCUUCGAAAAUAACUAUUGUAUUUUAGAUACGUAUUUCAAUACAUUUCCUUUCGUGAAAAAAUUGUGAGUGAAGCACAAAGAUGGAAGAAAAAUCUACUGCAGCAAAUUCAGAUCCCAAACCCAGUGAUGUUAAGAAGUCGAGCCCAGUCAAAGGAAUACCAUCUUGGAAGUCCAGACCUUUGGCAGGAUCGUUGAAACAAUCAAACUCUGCGAUUGGCUCAUCCACAAUUUCCUCUACACCAGCACCACAUUCUAGUCCUGCGUCAAAAUCUUCCAAAAUUCCAACAAGAGAAAAAAGUACUUUAUCAAGCCGAAAUGCGGUGAAGGCUCCACCACCGGAGAAGCGAUUCUCCUUGCGGAAAAAGUCGAAAACAAGCCUGGAAGUUGGAUCACGUGUAGUUUCACGACAGAAGACUUCAAUUUCACCGAGCACCCCAGCUCGAACGCAAAACCAAACUCCACGAAUAGUGCCUUCGCGAACACAAUCCCCACGUCCAUCAAGUGCAUCUACUGUGUCUCCAGCACGCCAUACCCCCCGUACAGUGAGUAGUACACCAACUACCCCGAAACCACUAAGAUCACCGAAACAUCCUUCAGUGUCCACCAUAGGUAAUGUGAGCCAUUUAAAUCAUCGUGUUGGAGAACUACCUUCCUACUUGAAGAAGAAUGAGAAAACCGUUACUGAAGCCACACUUAACACUAAGAAACGUGCCUUCAAUUCGCAGAAGAAGAAACUUACUGAUCUUCAAACCGAUUUUCUUACAAAUUAUAAAGCGCUGCAAGACUUACAAAGUAAAUAUAACAAAUGUGCUGGUAAGAAUGACAAGAUUGAGGAAGUCAAAUUAAUUGCCCUUGUCGAUGGAGAAGCUGGUGAACUUCUGAUCCGAGAUGGAGAAAAGACUUUACAAGUUGUUGGAUCUGCUAAAAGGAGACGUUCUCCAAGUCCGAUGAAGGGGUCGACACUUACUGUAGACAUAGAACAAAUUCGACCUAAAUUAUUACUUAUUCAUGAGGCCGGAUUUAAAUUAUGUCAAGAAUUCGUCGACAACUUUGAUAAAAUCCAAUCUGAAAACACCGAUGUUCCAGAAGUGGGUGACGGCACUACAUUGCAAAAGCAAAUUUUGUUGAUUUUAAAAUCAAUGGAAGAGAAGAUCGUCAAUGAAGAGAACGAACAGAAAAAGCUUCUCACUGAAGUGAUCUUGGAGUUGCAGACUGCUAUUUCUAAGAAGCAUAGCGAUGGUGGUGAUAGCGAGAUCAUUCCCACAGAGGAUCAACUUCGGGCUCUGAAAGAGAAAGACUUGGAAAUUUCCAAUUUGAAGAAACAAUUGGAGGAUCACAAACUAAAGUUGGAGAUUUCCGAUUCGAAGUUGAAAGACAUUGCGGUGAUGGAAUCGAGUACGAUUAAGGCUCUUAAAGUGCAGUUAGCUGAGAAAGAAUCUCUGAUUACAGAGAAGGAAAGGGAGAUCAUGCGGAUUCAAGACAAUCUUAAAAGGACGGAAGAUCACUAUCGUAAAGAAGAGAAGAAGUCGUUAGCCAUAUCGAAUGAUCUUCUUGCUAAAGAAUCUAUUUUGCAUAAGCUUGAGAUUGAUUUGGAAGAGUUGAGGAAGCGAAACAAAGGUUACGAAACAAUCAUCGAUGAAGUCAAACGACAGAAAGAAGGCAUUCUGGACGUUAUUCGGAAGGAGCAGGAAUCCAGGAAACUUUACGACAAAGAAUGUGAAAUACGCAGAAAGUUAGAAUCAGAUCUUGCUGACAAGGAGAAUAUCAUAAUGAAGUUGAGGGAGCUCAGUAAGAAGUCUAUGGCUGAUAAGGAAACCACAGUGUUAGGUGGAGGAGAUCGCACGACUUACGAAACUAAACUUUACAAUGAAGUUCAGACCCUUAAAGCUACUAUUGAACGACUGAAUAAGGAAAAAGUCUCACUAGAGAAGGAAAAGGAAGAUAUGUCGAAAACUUUGUUGACCUACGGCAGAGACGACAUGAAAUUAGAGCUAGCGAAGGCAGGUGAUGAGAUUAAUCAUUUGAAUACGACAAAUGCUUGCCUAAGGGAUAAUGUGAGUCGGCUGGAGAAUGCCAUAGCAAAAAAAGUUGCAAUUAUCAACGAGCUCGAAAGAAAAAUCGCAAAUGGGCAAUACUUGGUAAAUGCAUCAAAGGAAUUACAAAAUGAGAUAAAUAACCUUCGUGAAUCGGAAUGUGAGAAAAAACGUGAAAUCGAUGCUCUGAAAUCCGAGCUUGCGAAGGCCCAUGUCGAGAUUAAGCAACAAGAGGAGACCAUUUGUAUGAACCAACGACUCCUUCGGAUUCGAAGCGAAUUGAUAAAUUCACUCCAAGAGAAGGAAGCGUCGAACCGCUGUCGAAUGGAUGAUCUCUAUUCGGAAAUUAGCAAGAAAACUUCUCUUGUUAAUCAGAUGAACCACGAAAUAUCAGCUAAAGCUGAGGAACUACAAAAUCUGUUCUCAACUCUAGGCACAAAGCAGUUGGAGGUCAACCGGCAAGAGCACAUUAUUAAAAUGCUCGAGGAAAACAAUGAACGAAAUCAACGACUGCGUGUCAAGCAGGAAGACCGGAUAGCCAGACUUGAAAAUGAGAAUGCUGAGUUGAAGCAUUUACUAUGUAAAUACGAUGCUGGAUUAGAUGAAGAGCUGCAAUCAUCUACCUCGGAGAAAAGUACUCGUCCAGCUAGCGCUAGAUAUUCGCCAAAAGCUUCGAAGGAGGAAGAGAACGUCUCCACACGAGACUUGUACGAUUUUGAGCGCAGGAAAAAACGACGAACAGAAAUUGAAGUGAAAAAAAUUCGAAAGUGAACUUUCUUAGAAUCCUUGAUAAAUAUUUGCCCAGCGUGAUUUUCCCACCACCCAAAGAAAAGAUACAUUUCUGCUUUGUAUGCAUUCUGAUGUCAGUUAUAGAUACUUUGUUAUUUUGUAGCACAUUUAUACUCCCCUGUUUUGUACAACAAGAAAACUAUACUUCAAUAUUAUAAACAAUAAAUGCAUAAUGGAAUCAUUCUAA